CAAAUAAAAAAUGUAAACAUUGAAAAUUGCUAACAAUUAAAGUAAUUUAAUAAAGCCUUUAAAGACAUGGAAAAGGCACUCGAAUUUACAAGUAUUGGCAAUGCCAUCAUAUCAGAGCUUCUAAAGAUAUCGCAGAUCAUUCCAAAUGAGUUCCAAGUCAGUGAUAACAAAAAAUAUGACGAAAUUAUUAUGGAUUUUAAAUACUUUCGAAUAAUAGAAGCACAGGAGAAGAAGAUCGAAAAUGACGAGCACCUUAGUGAACUGGAUGAAUUUAUACGCGAAAGUUAUUCUCGAAUCUUGUUAAGAUUUUAUCAAGCUUUUGAGAGCGUUUAUGAGUAUGGCAUUAAUCUGAACCAUUUUAUUAAUGAUUUAAAUGAAGGAGCAUAUAUCCAGACAACAUUAGAUUCAAUUUUUCAAGAUGAGGAAGGUCGACAAUUGAUUUGUGAAUCGCUGUAUCUUUAUGCUGUUAUGCUGAUCAUUCUGGAUGUUUUCAUACCCGGUGAAGUACGCGAGAGGCUCCUAAUUGGAUACUAUAGAUAUCAUUCUCAAAAUUCAGACUCAUCAAUUGACGAUGUUUGCAAGUUUUGCAGAUCUACUACCUAUAAUCCCCAAAAUACAGGCAAUACAAUACAUUUCCAGCCAUCAUGUUCAACGAGUGGAUAUCCUGAUAACUACUUUGCUCGUGUGCCUUUAGAUGAAAACUUUGUCAGCAAUGUAAUUGAAACUUUAAAGUCUGAAGACAUUUAUCAUCAAAUGCAGAAAUUUCCAGCACCAGAACAUCGAACAAUAGCACUGUCUACGCAAUCAUCUAUGCUCUUUGCAUGCCUUUAUUUCCAACCAGAUACUCUUAUGAAUCAACAUUCAAGGAUGAGAGAAAUAUGUGAUAAAUUUUACUACAAUAACUGGAUCAUUUCAAUUUAUAUGGGAUUGACUGUUAACCUUUUUGAUGCUUGGGAUGGAUAUAAAGCUGCAAAGACAGCAUUAGUUAAGAUUUUAGAGCCACAAAUAAUUAAAGAAAUUACUGUUAAGAAUCAAUUGACUAUGAAAAGAAUGAUUGAGUCAACUCGUGGCUUAUUAAAGGAAGGCGUACUCAAAGAAGAGUUCCUAUUAAAAAAUCUAGACAAGAUCGUUAAAGUCAUUCGAGAAUGUAAUUUUUCAGCACGUUGGUGGAUUCUUAACAGUUCAAAUAUUUUCACUAAAAAGUCCAAGCAUAUUUAUGAUUUAGUAAGGAACUCACAGAACUUUAAUGUCCAUGAUCAGUAUGACUUGAUAUUAAAUAUUAGUCAAUUGGAAUUGAUUGUGAAGGAAAUAGCAACAGAUUUGCUUGAGAAUAAGGAGACUAAAUGGAAUAAUUUCAAGGCUGACGCACUGGAAAAGCUAGCGGAAUUAAAAAUGUUCUUUUCAGGUGAAGCUUCAAAGUUCCUUAAAAUUGAGAAAAAUGAGAAACUACAGUCGUGGUUUGUAGACAUUUCCAAAGAGAUCGAAUCGCUUGAAUUAAAGCAGAAACCAAGAAUUGUAGAAAAGAAGCUAGUGCAGAUGAUUGAAGCAUUUUCGGAAGUCCAAGAGUAUCACAACUUCUCAUCAUAUGCUCACGCAAAGCAGCGACUUGAUGAAACCAUUUCCUUACUCAACAGCAUGAUUUAUUUGUUAAAUAUUAAAGAUACAAUUCUUGUGGAUCUUCAAGCGAUUGGUGAUUUCAGCUAUGCUUGGUACUUGAUUGAUGGCUUUACUCCAACAAUCCAUCUAAGCCUUCAAAAGACACCAAACAUUUUAAUUAAAUUAAGGACAUUGUUUAUUAAGCUUGCCACAGCCUUAGAAAUUCCAUUAAUGAGAAUCAAUCAAUUUGGUGGCGCUGAAGAGUUUGUAAGCAUAACAAGAUAUUACAGCAAUGAGCUUGUCAAGUAUGUCCGGAAAAUUGUUCAAAUUAUCCCACAUUCAAUAUUUAAUUUAUUGCGUUCAAUUAUUGAGCUCCAAACUAAUCAUUUAAAGGAACUUCCAGAGAAGCUUGAAAAAGAUAAAGUUAAGGAAUUUGCACAGUUAGGCAUUCGUCAAGAUAUAGCUAUGCUGACAUUUAAUAUUUCUGUUUUUACGGACGGAAUUAUGGCGAUGGAAAAGACACUUGUUGGUGUCAUUGAAUUGGAUCCUAAACAGUUGCUGGAAGAUGGUAUAAGGAAGGAAUUAGUUAAGCAUGUAGCUGAAGCAUUAAAUGAAGUCCUUCAAUUUAAUGAGAAGCAACAGAAGAACUCAAAAGAGCUUUUAUUGGUCGAAAAGCUUAAUAAUCUUGCAAAGAUUAUUAAAGGACUUCGCAGCACUUUUGAGUAUGUCCAGGACUAUUUGAAUAUUAGUGGAUUAUUAAUAUGGAAGGAAGAGAUCAUGAGAAUCAUUAAUUAUAAUGUUGAGCAGGAAUGCAAUACAUUUAAAAAGAAGAAGCUUCAAUUUAGCAAGUUCCAAAGUGAUUCGAUUCCAAUUCCUAAUUUUAAUUCACUUCCAAAUGAUGCAUCUUUAACAUUUAUCGGACGACUAGCUAGAGAAAUUCUUAAAAUUACAGAUCCAAAAACAACGAUAUAUGUAGACCUGCUGACAUCUUGGUACGAUGUCAAAAGUCAUCAAGAAAUCGUCGAUCAAAAAUUUACAAAUUUGCUUUUUAAUUCCGUUGAUGUUCAUGGCCUCGUUGGAAUCGACAAAUUAUUUUCAUACAUGAUAUCUGAUGAUCUAGAGAAUAUCCAUAAAGUGUUGUUAAAGCAAGUAUUAAAGGAAAAGCAAUGGACAGACAUUUUGCAGAAAUUCAAGACUGAUUUUGAAAAUAGAAAAGCAAACGUCAAAGAUAAAAGUAAAGUAGAGAAUCCAUUCAAACAUUAUCAGCCAUACAUAAAUAAAUGCAGCAAAGGACUUUCAAAUAUUUUACCACAAAUAUUGUCGAUGGGACAGAAGGCUAUUUGGAGGAGUCACAUUGCACAUGAGCUAGUUACUUCAUCAAGGAUCAAUUGCAGAAAUCUGGUGAAUUCUUUAAGUGCCUUUAAUGACGCUCUGAUAUACGAAUUAAAGUGCCAUGAAAUCGACAACAAUAAGCCCAAGCCAAGUUUAGAAUUACUUCUAGAAGUCAACAAGCAUCUAGAAAUGGUCGGUCUUUAUAAUCCUAUAGAAAAAGUCUACAUCAAAAUGUCUAAAAACUCGAAUGAAUUCUUAAACUUUAUUGUCAUUUUCGUAUUAACAAAUUUAAAUCGACUCGUGUUUGGCAAAAAUCUCCUCAAGUUUAACAAGACAAACAGCAUAAAUGCAUCAGCAAUAAUGAAGCACCGAAAGAAUAUAAUUGACAUUAUUCAUAGCAAUAGAUAUAUUGAUGGACACGUUUUCUUGCUUGGUUUAAUUACCCUUUUGAGACAAUUUUAUGAGAAUAAUUAUCUAAUGGAUUUUAUUGAUUUAUUCGGGACUUGCUUGUUUGAAAUGCUCGAGUUUAAUUUGAGCUCCAAACAUGAACUUUCGAUGGAAAUAAUGAACGGUCUGGAUUUGCUUGAGACAAUGUUGACAUUAACAGGCUUUCCAAGAAGUGUUCUUGAAGACAACAUUCCAAAGACUUUGUUGGAUCAACGGGAUUAUCUGCUGACUGUUAUACCGAAUUCAAGCUAGAAAUUGAGAGCAACAAGCUGAAUAAUGAACUGAAUUUUUAAUUAUGCUGCAAAAUUUU